AUGUCUGAUGAACAGCGGCUGUCUUUAUUAACACAUAAACGGCCUGAUCCGGAGAGCCAGAUCGGCUCGGAAUCUCCACAAGUGACUCCUCAAGAAACACCACAGAGCUCACCAGAAGAAUCGCCAGAACCAGAAUUGCAGACCCGAUGGGGAGCUCUUCAUCCGAAAACAUGGAAGGAUUCUCUAAAAAGCUUUUUUGUUGCCUGGGUAAGUGGCCCCACUCAUCCUCGUGAUGAUCCUCCCCAACCUAUAUGGAAACUUCGCCAGUUAGAACUACUCCCGGACCGGUUCCGGAGAAAGGUGCUGCCCACAUCUAGAGUGAUCAUUUUGCUUGUGUAUAUGCUUGUUUGGAUUGCCAUCUGGUCCAGGGUGCUUCUUCCGUACUUUACGGAGGUUCCUGAAGUCAAGGGAGAUUCAGAUGCUACGGUCAUCUCGUUAACGUGCACUGACGCUUACGACUUCUGGAAAGGAAAGAACGCUGCUUGUGGGCUAGACGCAAAAGCUUGUCCAAAGCUCCAUCAAGAUAAAGAUGUGAUCAUCAGGUGUCCCGCCUUGUGUGACCGUGGUAGCUGGCUCUACUCGCUGAGGGCUGUGGGAGACCAGAUGAUCAAGUAUAGAGGAUUGUUUGUUGGAGGCGGUGAAAAGGAACGUGAUGAAGAUGGCACUAUCACGCACCCAUACAGGGCAGACUCGUUUCCUUGUGGAGCUGCCGUGCAUGCUGGCAUAGUAUCACCUUUCUACGGGGGAUGUGCCAAAGCGUCCUUCAGCAGCGGUUCUCAGUCGUCAUUUGCAGCGCAAAAGGGCCACUAUGGCGUUUCUGAUUCGAUCGAAUUCGACUCCUUCUUCCCCACUUCGUAUGUGUUCACGGAGCUUGAGUCGAAAGUCUCGCAUUGCAAAGACCCUAGACUUGUGGUGCUUUUCUUGAACAUCUUGCUCGGCUUGCCUAUAGUCAUCUUGGGCUCUUCAACAGUCUUUAUUUGGGUGAUCAUGUCGGUGGGCUUCUGGACAAUCACUUUGGCUACAGACCCUCCAACCCUCGUAGACCCAGCCAGUCUGGAAACCUUUUACGAAUUGGUUUCGCUCAGUUUGGGCAGAUUCUUGCCUACAUGCUUUGUGAUGUAUUUCUUGUGGGAGGUCAGCAUCAAACGAACAUUCAGCAAACCCCAGGAGGAGAACAUCAACCCGGCUGAUGAUCAAACUCCAACAGGAUCACCAAUGUCUAGACUCAUUUUUUGGUAUCCUUUCUUUUGGCUUGGCGUGCUCAACAAUAUUACAUUCGAUAGAUUACCCGUUGACAGACUCACGCUUAAAGAUCUCAAGGCUCAACCGGGUGCUCUUCUUACAGUUUCUGUAUUUGCAGUGAUUAUCGUCGUUUGCGUCAUCACGCAAGCAUACCUGGUGUGGCUCUCAGGUAGAUUCAACAAGCUCAUCAAAGUAUACAUCAUGAUGUUCGCUGCGUUGUUUGCGAUUGCAUGGAUUCCUGGUUUGACGCUCCGUAUCCACCACUACAUCUUUGCGUUGAUGUUUAUCCCUGGAUGCUCCACUAGAGGCCGUACCGCAUACGUAUUCCAGGGUCUUCUACUCGGACUUUUCCUUUCUGGUGUUGCUCGUUGGGGUUAUGCUUCCAUUGCUGAAACCAAUUUGUCUCUCUUGCGUGGUGAGCCAGCAGGCAAGAUCACCCCACCGACAAUUUUCGAUGUGAAUGCUGCCGAUGGCAUGAUCUAUUGGGAAGACAGCUUUGACACUGCCGAGGUCAAGAACAGCACCUACUUGACCAACGAGCUCACAAAGUACACCCAUGUCUCCCUUUUGGUCAACGACGUCGAGAGAUACAUUGACGUGAACGAAGGCAAACUCAAUUUGACAGAACUCGUCGAAAAUAAUAAGUAUCUCGACGAGCUCGUCAAAAUGUCGAUGGUUCAGCAAGCUGAUCCUGCCGAUAUUGCACUCUACUUGCGGAUAUCCAGGUACGAUCCCAAGAGCAAGCGCCACGGCGACUACACCAAAGCUUACAAACUUCAAUACCCCAGCUUCAACCUUACCAAAGCAGCAUCGGGAGUGACAUGA